GUCACCAAGCUGUCCAGCCAGACACAGCGGGGUGAGCAGGUGCAGAUGACGCUGAGGCUGACGCAGGAGCUGCCCGCCAGCUCCCCGGUGUGCUCGCAGGUCUUCAACCUCAUCUUCCGAAAAAUCUUGAAAAAGUUGUCCAUGUACCGGAUUGGACGGAACUUCUAUAAUCCCUCUCAGCCUGUGGAAAUCCCCCAGCACAAGCUGUCCCUCUGGCCUGGCUUCGCCAUCUCCGUGUCACAGUUUGAGCACAGGCUGCUGUUCGGUGCUGACGUGAGCUACAAGGUGCUCCGGAAUGAGACGGUGCUGGAGUUCAUGGAGAACCUCUACCACAGGACGGAGCCGGCCUGCUUCACCCAGACGUGCAAGAAGCAGCUGUCAGGGCUGGUCGUGCUCACCAGGUACAACAACAAGACCUACCGCAUCGACGACAUCGACUGGUCCGUGAGGCCCACGGACACCUUCCGCAGGCGGGACGGCUCCGAGGUCACCUACGUGGACUACUACAAGCAGCAGUACGACAUCGCCGUGUCCGACCUGCGCCAGCCCGUGCUUGUCAGUCUGCUGAGACGCGGCAGGAGCGGCGAGGCCCAGGCGCGCCUGGCCCACCUGCUCCCGGAGCUCUGCUUCCUCACAGGGCUGAGCAGCCAGGCCACCUGCGACUUCCAGCUGAUGAAGGCCGUGGCCCAGGAGAUGCGCCUGAGCCCUCUGGAGAGGCAGCAGCGGCUGGCCCGGCUUGCCGACGACAUCCAGAGAAACAAGGACACUCGCUUUGAGCUGGAGACGUGGGGGCUGCAUUUUGGGUGCCAGCUGUCUCUCACAGGCCGGGUUGUGCCCGCAGAAAGGAUCUUGCUGCAGGACCAGGUGUGCCAGCCCGUGUCUGCGGCCGACUGGUCCAGGGACUUGCGAGCCUGCAAGCUGCUCAGCACCCGGUCUCUGAGGAGAUGGCUGCUGCUCUGUGGCGACAGAGCUGAACACCUGGUGGAGAGCUUUCUCAGCUGCCUGAAGAGAGUGGGGAGCUCCAUGGGAUUCGCGGUGGACAGCCCCAAAAUUUUAAAAGUGCAAGAGAGCCCUGCUGCAUUCCUUAGGGCCAUACAGAAGCACUUUGAUCCUGACGUUCAGCUGGUCCUGUGCAUCCUGCCGUCCAUGCAGCAGGGCUACUACGACUGCAUCAAGAAGUACCUGGACUGCGACUGCCCGGUGCCCAGCCAGUGCGUGCUGGCGCGGACGCUCAGCAGACAGGGCAUGCAGAUGAGUGUAGCCUCCAAAGUGGCCAUGCAGAUGGCCUGCAAGCUGGGCGGCGAGCUGUGGGCCGUGGAGAUCCCUCUCAAGUCCCUGAUGGUGGUCGGCAUUGAUGUCUGCAGAGACGCCUUCAGCAAGGAGAUGCUGGUGCUCGGAUUUGUGGCCAGCACGAACCCUCAAAUCACCAGGUGGUUCUCCCGCUGCGUCCUCCAGCGCUCCACAUCAGAUGUUGCAGACUGCCUGAAAGCCUUCAUGACGGGAGCUCUGAGCAAGUGGCACCAGUGUAACCAUGACCUUCCUGCACGCAUCGUGGUGUACCGAGACGGCGUGGGGGACGGCCAGCUGAAGACGCUCGUUGAGUAUGAGGUCCCACAGCUGCUGAGCAGUGUGGCCCAGUUGGGAGCCCAGCCCAGCCCCCGGCUGUCAGUGGUGGUGGUCAGGAAGAGGUGUGCGCCCCGCUUCUUUGCUGAGAUGAGCCGUUCCGUCCAGAACCCCCCGCUUGGCACCGUGGUGGACUCGGAGGCCACGCGUCCCGACUGGUACGACUUCUACCUGGUCAGCCAGGCGGCCUGCCAGGGGACGGUGGGGCCCACCUACUACAACGUCAUCUAUGAUGACAACGGCCUGAGGCCCGACCACAUGCAGAGGCUGACCUUCAAGCUUUGCCACCUGUACUACAACUGGCCGGGCCUGAUCCGGACCCCGGCACCCUGCCAGUACGCACACAAGCUCACCUUCCUGGUGGCACAAAGCCUGCACAAGGAGCCGAGUCUGGAGCUGGCCAACUCCCUCUUCUACCUGUGAGGACACGCGCCACGGGGGUGUGAGCAGCUGGGAGGCUUCGUGCAGGCGUGCCCUGGGUGCAGGCCUGCGGGAGAGGAGGGGAGGCUUAGCUUUGACUCAGGGGAGAGACGGUUGCUAAAGAGAUGUGUGUUGCUUCAUUAUUCUUGGGAUGAUCCUCACUGUGGUGAAAGAAAUGGAAGUGUGGGGACUCACAUACAGCCAAGCGUCCAACAAGAAAGUUAAGUGUUGUCACUAUGGUGGGGAAGUGGGGUCUGACUCCCACCCCAUGGUUUGCAGCUCUUUGAGUGUUGUACAGCGUUUCGUAGAGUGGUUUGAGUGACUGAGAGAAAAUAAAGACCUUUCCAGCACUGUGCACU